AUGGUUGAAUUCACAUUAUCUCAUCCAAACAGUUCAACUACAUCACUUCCUAAUCAUCAACAUCAUCGUGCCAUGAUGACAUCACAAUCAUCAUUCCAAUCCACAAGUACCUCAAAUCAUGAUGAUUUAGAAUUGGGUCAUCGACCACAAUUAAGAGUUGCAGAGAGUGAAAUAUUUGAUCAACAUUUAUAUCCACCCAAUGAUGAUUCAUCCUCUGCUGAUCAUUCACCUACUCCGACUACCUUAGUGGAUGGUGAUGAUCAACCUACAAGAUUAUUAAAUGGUACAUCUAUUAAUACUACUAAUACUACUAAUACUGCCACUGGUGGUGGUUGUGCUUCUACUACUAUAAAGUCAUCAACAAAUAAUUAUGGUAGUACUACUAAUAGUACUUCUAAUGUUAUUAAGAAUGUUAAUAAUACCAAUACUACCAAUGGUAACUCUACUACUCUUACUACAAAGGGACGUUCAUCAUCCAUUGCUAAACAACAACCAGCAACACCACUCACUAGAAAAGCAGCUAUUAAACAAUAUUUCCAAAGAAAAUAUUUAAGUUUUGAACAUCAUUUAGUUUCACGUUCAGCUAAACAUAGAGAUUCUGAAUAUAGAUCUCAAUUAGAAUUAAUUACUGCCAUUGAUGAACAUUGUGAUAGUGUACUACAUACUUAUAGUAGUUUUAGAAUGUUUAUAUUAUCAUUGAUGGGUGGUAUUUAUGUUUCUAUUGCAACCUUAUUGACAGGUUUAAUUUCAUCUGAUAUAUCAAGUAAGGCUAUGCAAAAAUUCAUGACUGGUAUUGCAUUUGUUGGUGGUUUUACAAUGAUUAUAUUUAGUAAGAGUAUUCUAUUUACAGAAGUUAAUAUAUCUGUUAGUGUUCAUUUAUUUAAAAAUGAUUUAAUUGGUAUUAUUAGAAGAAGUGUCUAUUGGGUUAUUAAGGGAAUAUUCAGUUGUUUUAAAAAUCAUUUACAUAUUAAAAUUAGAAGACCACAUAAGAGUAUUAAAUUAAUUACACUUUUAAAUUCUAUUAAAUUAUGGAGUAUUUCCAUAGUUGGGAAUAUAUUAGGUACAGUGAUGAUGUCAGCAGUAUUAGGAGCAUGUUUCUCAUGGUAUGACAGUCAAUCUAUGGUACAAUAUUUGAGUGCAUUAACUAAACACAAAUUAGAUAUUUUCAUUGAAAGAGGUGCAAGUGGAUGGUUUAGUUGUUUAUUAAGUGGAAUGGUUGCUAAUUUCAUGAUUGGUGUUGCUUCUUUAUUAUGUACUGCUGGUACUACUAUUAUUGGAAAGAUUUUAGCUUUAUUCUUCCCUAUUAUUGCUUUUGCUGCAUUGGGUGUACAACAUGCACCUGCUAAUGUUGGAUAUUUCUCACAUAUUUUCAUUUGGGAUUCCAUGUAUGGUAAUACUACUAAUUUAACAAUUACACCUGAAAUUAAUUAUGUUAUGAAUUCAGUUGAAUGGUAUGAUGGUUUAGCAUGGAAUUUAAUUCCAGCUGCAAUUGGUAAUGCUUUGGGUGGUUUCUUCUUGGCAUUUGUUUUUGUUUUUGUUUUUAUUAAAUAA